UCAUGCGUUUCCAUUUUUCUAAUCAGGAAAAAGAUCCGAUGGAUGAGAACCACAGGAUCUUUCCUCCCUUCUUCCUCCUCCCUCCUACCCUUCUAAUCCCACUCCCCAACCACCGACGACAAGAAUCAGCUCGAGUUGUCGUCGAUAACGACGGACGGUGACCGGCGACCGGACCUCUCCCUGCAGUUGAGCUGCUUGCGACAUCGGAAUUGCUCUCGCUACUCUCUUCUGCGCGACCUCCUGUUUACUGUUUACCCUGCCACACGUACAAUACAAUUCCCGGCCGGUAAAGCCAGCAUUACGUCGGAGAAGAGAUUCGCCGGUGGAGUGCUCUCGCAACGCUUUUGAAUUCUGGGAUUCUCUUAGAUAUACACAUCAUGACUUCGUCUGGGCACGACCCUUCAGAUAAUAGUGAAGCUGAUGAACAGCAAGAGCAUUUGGAAUCACAUGUUCAAUCUUCAGCUGCAACUGGGUUGCCCCAUCCUGGCAUGACAGUUCCAAACGUACAAUAUGCAACACCUCCACCGCUUGCUGCUGGACCUGCUAUGGUCCCUCCAGCUUACCCUUAUCCAGAUCCUUAUUACAGAAGUAUCUUUGCUCCGGCUCCCUAUGAUGCACAGUCCUAUCCACCGCAACAGGCCUACAAUCCUCAACCAAUGGUCCAUCUUCAGUUGAUGGGAAUUCAGCAAGCUGGAGUUCCACUACCUUCAGAUGCAGUUGAGGAACCCGUGUUCGUCAAUGCAAAACAAUAUCAUGGCAUCAUGCGACGUCGCCAGAUUCGUGCAAAAGCUGAGUUGGAAAACAAAGCUCUUAAAUCUCGGAAGCCAUACUUGCACGAAUCUCGUCAUUUGCAUGCAUUGAGACGAGCUAGAGGAUGUGGAGGCCGAUUUGUGAACUCAAAGAAGAACGAAGGCAAACAGAACGAGGUGGGAACGGGCGAGAAAUCACAGCAGAACAUCAAUCUCAACAAUGCAGAUAAAAAAGAUAUCUCAGCGUCGGCUGGAAAAUCCUGAUUCCAUUGCAAGUAAAACUUUGAUCUGUGUAGCUGCAACUCUACUUCUAUGACUGUGAUGGUUAUUGUGUAGAAAAUUAGGUUGCGGGACAAGCCUAGUUGGUUUCCGAGUUUUGCUGCUUGUAGUCUUCUCUAUGUACGUUUAGAUUGGGUUGGUAAAAAAUGAGUCUGGUAUGUGCAGAAAAGAAAUUGGUGUUUUAUUCCUUUCUUUGCCCUUUUUAUUGUUGGAUUUAGGGAUGGUUAGGGUUAGCUUAGAUAGUAUUAGCAAAUAUUAAUUGUAUUGUUGCUCCUUGUUACUGAAUAUAAAUGCUCGAGAAGCUUAGUGUUAGGGCCCCGAAUAUCAUCGCCAUCGCUAGGGGGCAUACCGGGGCUUGUCAAUAAAGUGAGGCUAUGUUUGUUUCUCGUAAA